AUUUCAACGGUUGGAUCUCCUGUUUACACCGGGCAAGGAGGAACGUGUAAGGAUGGUAAACCUAGAGAUCAAGAGCUUACAAGAGGAAACCUAGCGUUGGUCGCAAGUCAGAAAAAAGGAAAUGAAGUUAGAGUGAUUAGAGGUGUAGAGGAUCCGAGCGAUAAAAAGGGGAAAGUAUAUAUCUACGAUGGUCUCUAUGUGGUAACCCAUUAUUGGAUAGAGAAAGGGACCACCGGCUUUAAUGAAUUCAAGUUUAAUCUUGUGAGACAACAAGACCAGCCUCCUGGUUUCGCUACGUGGAAGUUAGCUGAAGAAUUGAUGAAGUGUGGUUCGAGUAAUCAGUUGAGGAAGGGUUUUGUGUUUGGAGAUAUUUCUCUUGGAUUGGAGGCGUUACCAGUUCCGAUCGUGAACGAGGUCGAUGAGAACGACAAGGAGUGGCCUCUAGACUUCAACUACAGAGUCUCUUCCAAAAAUUUAAGUAUGAUGAUCGUUCCAAACCAUCAAUCUACUGGAUGCAACAACACUUGUAAAGGUGGUCAGUCAUGUGGAGAUCCGAUGUGUUCUUGUAUUCAAAGAAACGGCGGCGAGUUACAGUAUGAUAACCGCAUUUUACUAUAUCGCAGACCGAUGAUUUACGAAUGCAGCGACCUUUGUGCUUGCCCCGCGGACUGCAAGAACAGGCUAACUCAAAGCGGGUUGAAGCUCCGGUUGGAAGUGUUUAAGACGAAGAGUUGUGGUUGGGGGUUACGUUCGUGGGAGCCCAUACGAGCCGGGACUUUUAUCUGCGAGUUGGUUGGCACAGCUAAGGGAAGAGAUGAGAUUGAAGAAGACGACGAGUACGUCUUCGACACCUCUCGAGUUUACAAAACGUUUAGGUGGAACUACGAACCAGAACUUGUGGGUGAAGACUGUUGGGACCAAGUCUCUGAAGUUUAUAAACUUUGGUCGGAAAUCUUGGUCAGUGCGAGAGCAUUUGGUAACGUUAGUCGGUUCAUGAACCAUAGCUGCUUG